CAUGGUGGUUGUGCCCUCCAGACUCGCCUAUCUGACGAUAAGCCUUUUCCACCGAGGGCUAGUAUCAGUCACAGGCCAGCAACAGAUACAGCCGAAGCUCCCAGCUGAACAUUCCUCCCCGCCAAUCCAGAAUUGACACUACUGCCUCCAGCGAUUACCAUGUGCCAGCCUAAGUUUCUCCCAGAGCCAGAGGCCCCUCUUGUGGGUUAUGGAAGCAGGGUCCGGCUUCCGACGGGCAACCGUUCGCGAACCAUUUCCCUGCAAGAGCUCAUGGAGCAUUUUCACCUUCCGAUAAACGAAGCUGCUUGCAAACUGGGCGUCUGCGUCACUGUUUUGAAGCAGCAAUGUCGCGAGCACGGCAUUCAGAGGUGGCCGUUCCGUAAGGUUCGGAAGCUAGACAACAUGCUUCACGCGCUAGAAAACUCCACGCCUCCUGAACGGUUGCGGCCAUUCGCGCUUACCAACGGGGAAGAAGAGAGAAAGCGGAAGAUCGAUACCGUUAAGGGAGCACUCUGUCAGCUUCUUGUAGACCCGAACUCGUCAGCUCACCUGAAGAUCGGAAAGCUGAAGGGGGCCAAAGGGAAGGAUGCUGGCACGAGAGAAACAACGUCAGCCGUUUCUCUUUCAUCGUCGCUCGAAAUGUCUGCCUCCCCGGCGAAAUCUACAAGCAACGAAGCGGCGAUGUUUGCGAAGCCGAGCUCGUUUUAUGGCUCCGAAGAGAGUUUGGAGGAGAACGCGCAGAAGCCUGGGAUGGACCGACAACCAGUUGAGCUCGAUCUGCUCUCCCGCGUUGGUUGCAACGAGGAGUCUGAAAACGUCAGCGCGAGCAAAGGCAGGAGCGUCGAUGCCACAUCUGAUCCCACGUCUGUUUCAGGAAUCACUGACGUUCCUGCAGUGACGACGCCAAGCCUUUCUUCAGCAGAAGCUCAUCAAGAGUCCGUGGUGCAGCUGCUUCAACCGUACGAGACUGGUCAGCCUGCUUUGAAGAGACCAAGGGUUGCUUCCAUUGAACCUUCUGUAAUUCUGCCGAUAGCCAGAGAUUUUCAGGCUGCUCCAGUUCCUACAGUGCCAGUCAAUCCCUGGGCGCUGAUCCAGGGCUUUCCCACUGGCCUCGUUUCCUUACCGUUUUUGGUAGCAGGCCAACCACCAGUGGCGUUCAAUUCUGCCGUGACUGGUUUUACUGCCUGCAGACCUUGCCCUCCUAGUGUGUCUCUGUUUUAGACACCUAGGUAGUUCCUCCUCCCUCCCCUAUUUUUGGCGACAUGACUAACCAGCGGUCUCUAGAAUGGGGAGCCAUCCUUUCUAAUUGUUGGGCUGAGAAAAACCCUUUAGGAUCUUUUGCAGAGACUAAGUCCCAGCUAUAAAGACUUGAGACUUGGAGUAGUGCAGCGGAAGUUGAGGCAGUUGAACCCUUGUACUAGUAUGUGAGAACAAGUGAUUGAUUA